AGACCAGUCAAUAACAAAGUUGGAGUGGACGACUUGGUUAUGUUAUCCGAUGUCACGGAGGUAGCCUUAAACAACAACUUACAACAAAGAUAUAAAGAUGAAUUGAUCUAUACUUCAAUUGGACCUGUAUUGGUAUCUUGUAAUCCAUACAAACAACUUGGCAUUUAUGACAAGAAGUAUAUUGAUCUGUACAAGGGCAAGCAUGAGUUUGAGAUACCACCUCAUGUUUAUAGUGUCGCAGAUAAGGCAUAUCGCGCACUAAGGUCAGAACAUGAGAAUCAAUGUAUUAUAAUAUCAGGAGAAUCGGGUGCUGGAAAGACAGAGGCAUCAAAGUAUAUAAUGCAAUAUAUCGCCAGUAUCACUGGUAGUAGCAAGGAGGUCGAAAGAAUCAAGAACCAGAUACUUGAGUCCAAUCCCCUACUUGAGGCAUUUGGAAAUGCCAAGACACUGAGGAACAACAAUUCUUCAAGGUUUGGAAAGUACACCGAGAUACAGUUCAACUAUGCUGGUGACCCUGAUGGAGGCAAGAUCACCAACUACUUGUUGGAGAAGUCAAGGGUCGUCAAGCAGACAGUAGGUGAACGCAACUUCCAUAUUUUCUACCAACUGCUCAGUGGUGCAUCCAUAGAGGAACGUAGUGAACUUGGUCUUUUACCGAUGGAUCAGUAUGAGUAUCUAAACAAGAGUCAAUGUGUAACUGCCGAUGGUAUUGAUGAUGUUGCUGGAUGGAAGGCAACAAUCAAUGCAAUGAAUGUAGUCGGAAUCAAUCAAGAUGAUCAGAAACAAGUGUUAAGAUUACUAUCUUCAAUCAUCUUGCUGGGCAAUGUACAGUUCACCAAGUCAGAGAAGGGGGAGGACCAAGCAGAAUCAAAGGACAAGGAGCUCAUUGCAACUAUUGCAAGGUUAAUGGGCGUCAGUGCCUCGCAACUAGACAAGUCUCUUGUCACACGUGACAUAAGCAUGGGACAAGGUAUGAGGAAGUCACAAUACUCUGUUCCUCAGACUGUAGAGCAGGCCAUCUAUGCACGAGAUGCCCUUGCCAAGGCAAUCUACAGCCGAUUAUUCGAUUGGCUCGUUCGGUCCAUUAACAAGUCAAUCGAGGUCACUACCAAAGGCAAAGUGAUAGGAGUCCUAGACAUCUAUGGAUUCGAGAUAUUUGAGAAUAACAGCUUUGAACAGUUCUGCAUCAACUAUGUCAAUGAGACAUUGCAACAGAUAUUCAUUGACUUGACUCUCAAGACUGAACAGGAGGAGUACGUGUCGGAGGGCAUCAAGUGGGAGCCAGUGGACUAUGUAGACAACAAACCUUGUGUUGAUCUCAUUGAGAAGAGACCAUUGGGCAUUCUAUCGUUGUUGGAUGAGGAGUGUCUGUUCCCCGAAGGCAACGAUUCCAGUGUGUUGGAGAAGAUGGAGAGACAUUGCGCAACACAUUCACAUUACUCCAAGCCUGGCUUGACAUCAAAGAAUCAACAGCAAUUCAACAUAUCACAUUAUGCUGGCAAGGUUGCGUACAACAUCGAUGGAUUCCUCGACAAGAACAGAGACACACUAUUCAAUGACCUUGUCGCAUUGGCCACAUCCUCAUCGCUCACACUUCUUGUUGAGGUGUUCAACCAACAUGCACCUGCCAAUGGUGAUGCACUUGAAUCAGUGGAGGUAGUGUCCAAGAGUGUUAUCCCAACAGACAAGAAGAGACCAAUCACUGCUGGAUUCCAGUUCAAGUCACAAGUGACCGCACUACUCAAGUCGUUGUAUAGUUGUAGCCCUCACUAUAUCCGUUGCAUCAAGCCAAACGAGAACAAGGGAGCACUUGUUUGGGAUCAGGACAAGGCGGCCCAGCAGGUGAGGUACCUUGGCCUGUUUGAGAACUUGUUGGUACGUCGAGCUGGCUUCUGCUAUCGUCAACCCUACACCAAGUUCAUGAAGAGGUACUACAUGAUCACAAAGAAGACGUGGCCAAGAUGGGAGGGACAGGAUGCCAAGGUGUGCGCAGAGAUUGUGCUGCGAGAGAUGGAGGUCGAUGCAGCCGAGUACCAAUUCGGUGUCACCAAGAUCUUCAUACGCAACCCUCAACCUUUGUUCAAGAUGGAGGAUAGGCGCACAGCUCGUCUCGAGGAGUUGGCCACAAAGAUACAGUCCGUGUGGAAGAUGUAUCACACUCGCAAGUGGUACCUACGCAUGUUGGCCGCAAGGAAGAUACAACGAGCGUACCGAGCUUGGCUACUCAGGAGAGAGUACGUCAAGUUGAAGAACUACUCACAGAGUCUGUUCGAUGGCAAGAAGUCUCGCAAUCGUAACAGUCUUGUUCUGUCAUCAACCGCAUUCUUUGGCGACUUCCUAUCUGUGGCGAAGGACAACUACACCAACAAGGUACUACGUCGGGAGGAGGGAGAUCAAGCUGUCGUACGUCUAAGUAUCUCGGUGUCCAAAGUUGAUAGACGUUACAAGGUUCAGAAGCGUGAGCUAAUCAUCACCAACAGUCAUCUCUAUCAUGUCGCCACUCACAAGCCCAAGAAGGAUGGAUCAUGGUUCGUACUCAAGCGAAAGAUAGCGUUGGGUGCCAUCGCCAAGAUCAGUAUGAGCACACAUUGCGACAACUACUUUGUCUUGCAUAUUACUAAUGAUGUCGAUCUCAUUUGUGAGACUGGACAAAAGACGGUAUUCAUCACGAUGCUCUGCUCAUUGUUCCAGAAACUACAAGGACAAUCAUUGGCCAUUGACUUUAACAAUGAAAUCAAGUAUCGAUCGGGCAAAGGAGAAUCAGAGGUGAAGUUUAUUCAAGUGGAUCAACUACCCAAAGAUAAACACACUGUUGCCAAGUCCUCCAAUGGUCAUCUAAAGGUGUCUGUCAUUGCC